AUGCAGUGUCUGUAUAUAACGCGCAGCCGCCGACCCAUCCACAAGCAGUUACCGCUCAGCUCCACCAUGAAGGUAUUCGUUUGCUUGUUGGCGCUGGCCGUAGUCGCGAAGGCCGGGUACAUCGGCGGCGGUGGUGGUGGGUGGUCGGGCGGCGGCGGCGGCGGCUGGUCCGGCGGAGGAGGUUACGGCGGUGGCAGCGGUGGCGGCGGCUGGUCGGGUGGCAACGGCGGCGGUGGUCAAGUGAAGAUCAUCAAAAUUAUUACUACCGGCGGCGGCGGCGGCGGUGGUGGCUACGGCGGUGGUGGCGGCUAUAGUGGUGGCCAUGGAGGUUGGUCGAGUGGUGGUGGCGGCGGCGGCUGGAAGCUCGGCGGUGGUAGCAGUGGCUGGAAGCUCGGCGGUGGUAGCAGUGGCUGGUCGAGCGGAGGAGGGGGCGGCUGGAAGCUUGGCGGCGGGAGCAGUGGCUGGCCGAGCGGCGGCGGAGGCGGCGGCUGGAAACUAGGCGGUGGGAGCAGCGGCUGGUCGAGCGGCGGAGGCGGCGGCGGCUGGAAAAGCGGCGGCGGCGGCGGCGGCUGGUCCGGUGGCGGCUCUUCCGGCUGGUGG